UCAGAAUUUUAAAUGCGGUCAACAUUUGUUGACUCACUAAAAAUAUGCACUAAAUUUAUAGGUUUCUGAACAAAACAAUAAUAAAAGCGCGAUUCCCUGAAAUUUAUCCCACACAGAGUAACUGAGUACUCCACGCAAGUCGAUUACAUGAUAGUGUUGAUAACUUUCUGCUAUUUGCCAUCAAAGCCUCAACGAGUUUUACACUCAUUGUGGGCCCUACUGCACAUGUGAUAUUUUUGCAUUUUACCGCUAAGCAAAAAUAUCCGCUCUUUGUAAGUGCAAGUAAAAUGCGAUGGAAAAGCUCAAAUUUUCAAGCGGCGCUCACUUUACUACCGAAGAGAACUUGCUGCUGCCUCUAAGCGCUCUCUUGCUGGCUCAUUUCAUUAUAUUGCAUGAGCGACACUAAACUUAAUGUAAAUUUGCCAAAGCACUGCUUAGUUGUCGCAAGCAGUCACUUCAAUUGGACGGGUUCGAUGUUGAAACUUGUUGGUAUUUUUGUUUAUUAUUAGUGUAACUGCCGUUUGCCUUAGCAAUGUCGAUUAAUUUUGAAGAUAUUUUAAAAGUCAUAAACCAAUUCAUAAAUAUAAAGACUGAAAGACGUAUGUUUAUGUUGCACUAUCAGGCAUUGCGGGACAAACUUUUCGAAAAUCUAAAACUGCAAGAUCCGGUGUUUAAAAAGCUUUUCAAUGGGCAUCAAUUGCAAGGAAGCUAUGGCGACAAUGUCAAGGUGAAUCACGCCGAUGAAUAUGACUUGGUGUUCUUCUUAAAUUUUCCGGCAAGGGACGAAAUACUUGUCACAGAGGAUCCCGACAUGCCAGGCAAUUUCUUUAUUGAUAUGAAAAACGUUUUGGAAGCAAUAAGAAAUCAAAAGCAAAAUGCACUGGUUUAUGAAAAACUGCAAACAAUGACUGUGAAAGAGAACGACUGUGAAUAUUUGGAUAUAGAAAAACUGCAUUCUUGGCUGAAAAGUUGUUUCGACAAGGCACUGUUGGUGAUGAAAAGCGACGGGGAAGGAGUACCGUUUAAUUUAAAAUUCGCAUAUCAACGUUGUGGCCCUGCGCAUACAGUUACCGUUAGUGAACCGUGUACAUUUUCGGUGGAUUUUGUGCCAGGCAUAGUUUUGGGAUCGAAACACGUUAUAAUGGCGAUGAGCACAGCCGAAUGGCAUGGCAUACCUAAGCCCAUAACGAAUACAAAAUCAUUUCGUGCCUCAUAUUAUGCGAUGGAGCAGGAACUUAUGAAGAAUAAGAACAAUUUGAAAAAUGCAUUAAGAAUAAUGAAAAAGUUUCGUGAUAGCCAUCCAAAUAUGAACAAUUUGAAGAGUUACUACAUUAAAACGUUGUUUUUAUGGAAAAGCUCGCAGGUGGAGAAUCACUAUUGGGAACGCAGACUUUGUGACUCCAUUAAAGAUAUGUUUUGUCUAUUGAAGUGCAGCUUAGAUGAAGGUCACUUGGGCUUUUUUUGGAACAAAAAGUUAAAUCUAUUCAACGCAUUGGAUGGCAAACAGCUCAGAGAGAUGCGUUGCUACAUAAAUUGUGUUUAUGAGGAAAUCUUGGUUGCACACGACAACAUGAAUUUAUGCCAACCACGUGCGGAGAAGAUUAUCAAUUUGUUCUUGAACAGAGACGAGCGAAAGGAGUGUUUACCGUUAAUAGGUCGCCACAUCAAAACUAAACGUCAUCGUUUAGUCCCUGCUGCUUCACGUUUUAGAGUACCACCACCAUAUAGGUUCCCGAUGCCACAUUCUUUAAUCGGAGCUCCACAAUACUUUAGUUCAGAGGAUAUAACAGUACCUGAUGGACCUCUAGCGUUUGAAUUUUAUAAUUUGAAGGAACGUCCUACUUAUAUUUCUGAUGAUGGCGAACUCUUUUUGAUGGACUUACCUGAGGAGUAUUUAAAAAUUCUAUAUGAACUCUUUGAAUACGAAGACCCUCUAACACACAUCGAAUAGAAGGUUUACCAAAACAACAACUUUUAGUCAUUAAAUUAUAUUUGUUGUAUGUUAAUAAUUUACGCUUCACGCUGGAGUAGGGUAUAUUCAGAAACGCAUUAUAAUGCGCAACGUACUUUUGCAGUGUUGGCAAUGCGUUCAGAAAUGCAAAUAUGGCAGUACUGCAAAUGCAUCGCGUUCCAAAACGCCAUUUUUGUAUCAAACGUCACGCAUUAUUUGCAGGAAAAAUUUUAAUACUGCCGCUGAUUACGCUAAUAUGAUGUCUGAUGAAAACUGAGUAUAAAACUAAUUUUUUUAGCUUUUAAUGCAAAGAUAUAUUAAAUAUACGUUAUUAAAACAAUACUUUAUUACAUUUUUCUUGAUUUUAGCGAUUAUCUAAGUACAUCGGAAGUAAAGUUGCUUCUCAGAGUCCGACUGAGCAUGGAAAGUGAAUUUGCUUCAGGGAGGAGGAAAAAUAGUGUUUUGUGGAAUAAGGUGGCGGAAGAAAUAAAAAAAGUGAAUAAAGAUUUGAAAAUAGACGGGCAAAUUAAAAAGCAUUAGCGACUAGCAAAAAAGAUUUAUUUUUGGGAAUUUUUCGUUUUAAUGAACAUCUUACUAU